AUGCCUAUCUUCAAAUCCCUCCAACCUCCCAUUGAGAGUUCUCCGCUACGACACUUCAGACCGGAAGAGAUCCAGGGAUUUACCAAUGCUGUCACCAAAGAACACCUCAGCUACACCGACCUCAAAGCCCAUACCACCCACCUCUCAACGGCGCUCGUCAAGAAGUAUGACCUCAGACCAGGCCAGACCGUCGCUCUUUUCUCCCCCAAUACCGUGUGGUAUCCCUGCGCCAUGUUCGGCAUCCUGCGAGCUGGAGGCGUGGUGUCGGGAGCUUCCCCGGCAUAUAAUGUCGAAGAAAUGACCUAUGCACUCAAGACCGCUGAGGCCCGGUUCCUUUUUACCGUCCCUGAGAGUAUGGAAGUCGCCGCGGCCGCGGCCCAAAAUGCUGGGAUUCCACAAGAGCGAGUCUUCCUCCUCGAGGGCCAGAUGGAGGGUUUCACGACCAUGUCGGCACUGCUCGAAGCCGGCCGGUCGUAUGGCCCUUCCGGGCAGAUUGAACCGUUCCAACUCCCACCUGGGAAGAAGAACAAGGACGUGUGCGGCUUCCUGUCCUUCAGCAGCGGGACCACCGGCCUCCCGAAAGCCGUGAUGAUUGCCCACGCGAAUGUCAUUGCGCAAUGUCUGCAAAUACAGCAGAUCUCUCCGAACACGCUGCGCCGAAUCCUCGCCGUGCUCCCCUUGUUCCAUAUCACCGGCCUCGUUCACCAAAUGCACCUCCCGAUCCUCCUCAACGCCAACGUCUACAUGCUCCCGAGCUUCACGAUGGACUCCAUGCUCGCCACGGUCCAAGAAUACCAACUGGAAGAAAUGCUCCUCGUCCCACCGAUCCUGAUCCGCAUGGUUCGCGACGAGAAGACCCUGAGCAAAUAUGACCUGAGCUCGCUGCGACGGCUCUCCUCCGGUGCUGCUCCGCUGUCCGCCGAGAUCCUCGAGCUUCUCAAAAAGCGGUUUCCCGGAACCGGGUUCAAGCAAGGCUAUGGCAUGACGGAAUCUUGUUCCUGCAUCACAGCCCAUCCGCCCGAGAAGUACGACUACAAAUACGCCUUCCGCGUCGGCACGAUCGUGGCGUCCACCGAAGUCAAAAUCGUCGACCCCGCAACCGGCCGGGAGUGCGGCCUCAACGAGCCCGGCGAGAUCUGGGCCCGCGGACCCCAGGUGGUCAUGGGAUAUCUGAACAACCAGAAAGCCACGGAAGAGACGUUUGAUAAAGACGGAUUUCUACAUACCGGCGACAUCGGGUCCAUCGACGAAGAAGGCCUCAUCACCAUCACCGACCGGCUGAAAGAAAUGAUCAAAGUCAAGGGUAUCGGUGUUGCUCCCGCUGAGUUAGAGGACCUCCUCCUCGGCCACCCGGACGUGGAAGACGUCGCUGUCCUCGGUAUUCCCGACGAUUAUUCGGGCGAACGACCCAAGGCGUACGUGGUUCCCAAGCCCACGAAACGCCACGACCCCGCCGCCGUCGCGAGCCAACUCAUCAAGUACGUGCAGGACAAUAAGGUGCGGCACAAGUGGGUGACGGAGGUCGAGGUCAUUGAUGAAAUUCCCAAGUCGCCCAGCGGCAAGAUCCUUCGCCGCGUCCUCCGGGACAUGCGGAAGAGUGGCAAGAAGGGCAUCGUGGUCACGGAUCAGAGGGCGAGAGCGAGGCUGUAA